UGACUCCAGCGACCAUCUAUGCAAAAUGCACUCAGUUUGUCAGCCAUCGCUAAUCUCAGUCAAAGUUCAGGUGCCGAGAAUGCGCACUUUACUGACAGUCGACAGCCAGACUAGACGCCGCCCUUCCACGCCGUAGCACUCCUGCACAGGAGCGACACGGACGUCAGGUUCGACUUCGAAAGACCGGUGACUGUUAUCGUCCGUGCCCCGUGCAGUCUUUCCCAGUCUUUGUACCACAUCCUUACCACACUUGCUCCCUCGCUUUCAGUCCAACCAACAUCACACGACUGCGACGAUUCCUAUAAAGUGCCUUCUCCUCCCCAUUUUGAGGGCAACACUGAGCCUUCGCUCAUCCCACAUUUUCAACUGCGAGUUCACCAUGUCCGCCAGUCCUCAGCCUGAACAGGACCCCUCUGUUCCCACUCCUGAGGCGCUGGCCUUGAUCAAGGAGACCGACAUCGUUUUUGGGCGCACCGUCGUUCCGGCCCCUUGCACAAACACCCCCGUGAGGCACGAUGGGCUGCGCUUCGAAUAUGCGGAGCACAGCUACACCGGCGACGCCAUCAUGCUCACUCUCGCCAACGGCUCGAGGGUCCCUGCGAGGAACUACCGGUUCACCUUGCGGAACGGCCUCUCCGUCACCUACGGGCAGAUCAACGGGCUUGCGGGAGACUUCUACGGGACGACGAACCCCAUCAGCGACGGCAGGACCCCGCAGGACCAGUCGACACGCUUCCUGGCGGCUUACAACAAGCUCGCAGAGCCGAGCUCUCGCCAGCCCCAGGAGGCCCGCGACAUCCUUGCCGUCCUGCAGACCGAGGUCGACGCCGUGAACGACGCGCUGCAGCACCACUCGGACCCUUCCAUCGCGUAUGCUAAGCUGCCUGGGGUGAAUACGAAGCUGGAGACACUGACGAUUGGCCGCCCAUCCGACUUCCCUAGCUACCUGGGACUGGCGCGUAUCAACUGGGAUCACUUCGGGCAGGAUGCUCGUACCACGUAUAACGCUGGUCAUUUGCUGGCCCUCCAGACCGCGGCGAAUGGCGAUCUUCUCAGGGCUUACACAAUCAACGCGUUUGCGGAUCACUUCCUCGAGGACUCCUUCUCUGCUGGCCAUCUUCGUACUCCCCGCAGGGGUCUACAUGGAACGGUGGACCUCUUCGCCGAUAUGUGCGCAAAGAUGAUGCACGAUGAGGACUGCGCGAUCGGCCUCUCUGUCAGAAACCCUUCCGGCCAGUCAUGGACCUGCUUCGGUGACAAGCGCGCGCUCGACAGGGACGGCGCUGAAAACCUGAGGCUUGCGAUAGCGGCCGUACAGGCGUCUGCCGAUGAGAUCUAUACCGCUUUUCGGACUGGAAGGGUUCCGGCCCAAAGCACCUAUCGGGCAUGGACCAUCGCGCCCACUCUCGCCUCCGCCCUCGGCACACAAGUUCUCUCGCCCCUCUUCAGGUACACGAAUUCGUCGCAGACUACUAUCGAGCGUCGUCGGGUGAUCACCAACCGCCGCAUCCGCGAGUUCACCACGAACUGGUGGUAUUGGUCUACGUACACUGAGAUCAACACCAGCGGCUGGUGGAACUUCCCCAUUCUCAUCGACGGACCACUUAGGGUCGUGCCGCACACGAGCAUCGCCGCUACGAAGCCUCGUAUCUGGAGCAGUCGCGUCUAUUACCAGAAUCCGGCGCGCGGCGUGCACGAGAGCCGGCACCUUGACGGAAGCUGGACCGGUGGUGUCAAUCAGCCCCGCUUGUGGGACGCGGCCCCGUUCACGCCUCUGGCGGCCGUCAACUGGGAUAAUGGCAAUCAGAUCCGCGUCUACUAUCUCAGCGAGGAGUUCCAGCUUCACGAGAUCUGCUUCGUCAAUGGCAGAUGGAUUCGCGGCGCACUGAAUGAUAUGAACUUUCAGUGCACUCACAACUCCUCCAUCGCUGCCUUCACAUACUUGGACAGGACAACGCGUCACAUACGUGUUUACUGUCAAGUCGAGGGUUCCAACCGGAUUCAGGAAAUCAGCCACAACGUGCGCUGGUCUCGAGGCGCAACUCUACCAGCUGCCCUCACCGGCUCCAGCAUCGCUGCCGUGGUCCAUCAGCUCCGCAACCAGUGGCGCUUUCGAGUUUAUUAUCAAACCGAGAGCUUGGAGAUCCGCGAGCAAUGCUUCAACAUGGGCGAAAACAAUAACAAUUGGUUUCCGGGCCGUUUCAACAGUGCGGGCAGGGUCCCAGGCCGCACCCAGAUUGGCGCGCUGUGCAACACCUGGCGCGAUAUCGAGCUGGAUAUCUACUGGCUGAACGCGAACGGCGAGAUCAUGCGCGCUACGCACGUCAACGGCACCACCUGGCGCAACACCACCGUCGUUCGUUCGCUGGCGCGCGGCGCGAGGUUCGUCCCCGAGCAGUGGGAUGGUGGAAGGCACAUUCGGCUGUACUACCAGGCGACGGACCACUCGGUGCGCGAGGUCACCAACAACAACGGCAACGUUGGCUGGGGCACGGGAAGCCAUAUUGCCCAGGCUUGAGCGGUUGAGAUGUGUUGUCCAACGUCGGUCUUGACAUGAGAAAGCCAUGCAUUGUGACAGAUGUAGCAUUGUAGGAACGUUCAUAACAAACAAUUGUAUAGUAUCGUUUGCUUCUGGAAUGCAAUCCCUUUCUUCGCGCA